AAUAUCGCAGCAUGAAAAAAUCUGGAGCAGGCGCUCAGUUUCAUUCCAAGUGGUUUGCCUACGAUGCAUUAGUAUUUCUUCGAGACAAAAACAAAGUCCGCCCAUGCAAGGAAAGUGAAGCUGAGAACGUGGAUGACCUUAAUGACUCUUCCUCCGAAACGGAUUUAGAUGAUUCACAAGUAACAGAUUGUGAUGAAGGUGGAAAUGAGACCCAAGAAUUUCAAGAUGCAGAACAUGGCAACGAAGGCAUGAAAGACUUGUAUAACGAUGGUUCUCAAAACCCAUCAACAUCUAACGCUGCUUGUGAGAAGCCUUCGGCAUCUAACAAAUCCUCUCAAGAGCCUCGUAAAAAAACCGUGGAAAAUCCGAACAGCACAAAUCUUGAUGAAUUUAAACACCCUAAUAAAACUAGACGUGUCACACAAACACUUACAAGAAAAAUCGAUGAUAACGCUCGAAAAGAAGAGGCAUAUAAAAUAAUUCAAGACAUACAAAAUAAACGACAGCGAGACAAAUUCGAUGUAUUCGGAGAACAUAUGGCGUGUAAAAUUAGGGAUUUGAAUACCACCUGCGCACAAAAUAUUGUAGAACAUCUUAUAGGUAAUAUUUUGUUCGAUGCAAGUAUGGGUAAAUAUGAUUAUGGAAUGCCACAAUCAACUAACACAUAUGAGCCAAUUUUAUCAAUGCAACCUUCCACGAGACCACAAUCACAUUCAUCGUAUUGCAGCACACCAGCUAUAUCACCACCGGAGACAUACAUACAAAACUCUUCAGACUCCUCUACUGCUUUUGGUUCCUCAAACAUUCUCGCAGAGGCAUUUCAAUUAAGUAACAUGUAA